UGGACACGAUCGAAAACGUGCCACGCGCCAGUCCGAAUGCAGAAUGACAUUAGACAAGCCUUUAAAUAGAAUUUCCGGAGGAGCAGGAAAGGAAAAAGAAUCGGUGAAAACUCGUCGUUCCUCCGUAGACCAAAAUGGGCAAGCGGCAAAAGGCCAACCGGUUUCCGGAAAUGGAACCCCUCGGUUCUCGCAGAUUACGGAUACUUCAACCUCCAGUCUUUUAAUACCUGCACAAUCGAAUGAUUUAAGACAUUUUAUUUUUGCACUACUGUUUUUUUUUUAUUGUUUCUUACGUUACUGGCUUGAUGGUGUUGAAACUACAAGGAACGAAAAUGAAACGAGUUGUUUACGCGUUUUGUAA